UUUUUUUUUUUUUUUUUUUUUUGAGGGGCCGUUCUGGGCAAUGCACGAAUUGACGGCUUCCUUCUAUGAAUAUUUAUCAGCAUCGUCUUGACUCCUUCAGUCGUUCAUCAGUAACGUGGCCUCACAAACGGAGGAAACAACAAAGUCCCGAAGCUUUGGCGAAAGCAGGGUUCUACUUUGUGCCAGAGAUAACCAAGGAUACCGUGCGUUGUUUUCUUUGCGACAUUGAACUUGAUGAUUGGAAACGCGGUGACACUCCCACUGCUCGCCAUGCCCACGCUUCGCCGACGUGUGCCUGGGUGUUGUUAAACUUUCCCGACGACUUUGACGUGUUACCCAUCCAUCCUGACAAUCCCGAUACAUUUCCCAAAAGUCGCACCAUGCACAAAGCUCGAUUGCACACGUUUACAGUUCACAAGUACUGGCCUCCAAAAUUAACCAAGAAAUAUCGCAAACAGUGGCCGCUCCCAAAAACACUUGCCGAUGCAGGAUUCUUUUUUUUUCCCACCACAGAUCAAGUCGAUCGCAUCAUGUGUCCCUAUUGUCGUUGUUCUCUCACAGAACUUGAGCGAUCCUCCCGUGUACUAUCACGUCACAAGGAAAUGGCAUCGAAUUGUUCAUUUUUACAAAACACGGAAGAAAUGACAAAACAGAGCUCUCCCGACACUGCCAAUACCUCUGUACCCGAAGAAGAGGAUGGUUACGUGACCGCCACUGAUGAAUUACAUAAUACAAAGCGCAUGUCAGCAACUUAUUCCGAGCCAACGAUCGGUCGGCGCAAGCAAGCCAGACCGAGUAACACCGAUACCCAAGAUGAAUUAAGCAUGGAACAAGAACUGCCGGCCAAGCGAAAACGUCCCGCAAAAAAAGCAGAUACCCAUAAUGCAAUGGACGUGGACAUCGCCUUGGGUGGUGACGCGUCGCAAUCCACGUCAGUAAAGGACAAGGUGACAUCUCAGCAAGACAGUGUUUGGGAUAUCGAAAAAGCGUAUGAGCCGCAGCCACAUGUUCAUCUCGUACCAAAGACCACGCUGUUAACCUACUCGAAGAAGCAUCGAAAGCGGACUCGCCAACAAUCAAACGAUGAGCUGAUGGCGUACCGACUAGAAUGUGAAGCCAUGAAUCGAGUGGCUUCACCCGAACUCGGUUUUGAAUGGGAAGCUCCCCUACAGAGCCUAGAAAGGAUCCCAGAGAAGGAGGAGGAGGUACCGAAGAAGAAGGAUAAAGGAAAAGGAAGGGCCGCAGAUUGCCUCCCUUCUGUUGUUAUACCAUCGCCGACGCCACUGACUCCAAAGAAAUCACUCAGUCUUUCAAAAUCGAGAGUAAAAGCAAAAGAAACCACCACUUGUGAUUCCGACUCGCCGACAACAGUCGCUUCAGCUGUAGAUUCGACAGCGAUAGCCUCGUCUUCCUCGUCGUCCCUGAUGCACAAUAAUGCAUCCUCUUCCGCCUAUCCUGCUCCUUCUCACGCCGUUGCUCCAAGCAGCGCAACCACUCCAUCGGGAUCUACAGUGAAUCAUCCUCACCAUUCACAAAGUGGCAAAGACAAUGGUGGAGGACGACCAGGCCGAUACUCUACUUCUCUGAAAUCCUCCGACCGUCUUCAGGCGAGUUAUCUCCAAGAGAUUCUCAAGUUGCCCGUCACCACGACCGCAAAACCGUCCAACGAACAGUAUGUCUUUGAUCACAUCCUACGUCUCGAUAAUGAACGGGCGCGGGACACUGUGUGCCUGCCGGAUGAUCGUGAUGAUGAUGAACAUCCAGUCCAGGAGAAACCUCAAGAAGGACACGACACGGGUGACAUGCCAGCCAUCCAGGUACCCGAGCUUGAUUUAUUGCCAAAAGAUCUGAAUAUCGCGUCCCUUUCGGGGGCCGAACGAGAAAUGACAGUCGAGCAGUACAUGCGCCACCUGAUAGAUGAGGAAAUCGGCCGAGUCCGGCAAUACGGUGAACAAGAAAUUACUCAAAUCCGCUCCGCAAUGGAACGCGUCGGUGAGGAUGUGAUUGCUGGUCAAUUCGAUGACCUUUUCUCCGACCACAAUGCUUCUGUAUAAAUCCUCUUUUUUUUUUUCUCUGUGUUUCUUUGUACAUGCUUUUUUACUGCCAUGGCUCUUUUUCGAAUCCACUGGGCCCCAUAUCUUGUUGAUGGUUUUUUUUUUCUCUUUACCAAAUUAGGAGAAAAAACGAUGCCGGUUCAAUCACUGAAUAAACUUGAUCUGUUAUUUCGAUUCAA